GCUUUAACGGCGCUGAAACGCUGAUGGAUAUUCUCCCAGCCUUGGUCCUAUUCCACCAGCACCUACUCUACUUUAUUUCAAGAGGCUCAUAGCUAACUUGGUACGAGCGUCUUCUAUGGCUGGACAAAUGCGAACCCGCUCUCAGCGGUCAAAGUGGAUUAUUAUUGGUUCUGUUAUUGGUUUACUCGGAAUCAUUGCCAUUGGUGUUGGUGUCGGCGUCGGCGUAUCUCAGAACAAAAGCUCGAGCAAAACAUCGUCCAACACGGCCAGUGCCAAUGGAGCAACUUCCAAUUCGUCAAGUAACGGUGACCCGGUACAAACGAACCCUAAUGACCCCAGCACAUUCGAGAAAGAUCCCAACCUCCACCAGUCGUUCUAUGCUUUGGCGUAUACCCCAGCCGGCUCUCAACUACCUAAUUGUACUAAUUCGUUGGACGAUGUCAUUGAGGACAUACAGGUUAUGUCCCAACUCACGAAAACGAUCCGCCUCUACGGCGCAGAUUGUAACCAGUCUGCUCUCGUGCUUGAGGCCAUCAAGCAGACCAAAGUAGACAUGCAAGUAUAUCUCGCAAAUUACCCUACUCCGGACGACUCGACCGCUUACACAAGACAGCGCGACGAGAUCAAAGCAGCCAUUGAGACAUAUGGCACGGAUCAUAUAGCCGGUGUGACAGUUGGAAACGAGUUCAUGCUUAAUUAUCUUAACGCAAAUGGAGCAACUGACCCGAACAGUGCUGUUGGCAAUCAAGGAGCAGCAAUUCUUAUUGCAGACAUUAACGAUACUCGUUCGACGUUGUCUGAAAUGAGUUUGUCGAAGACCCUACCCGUCGGGAACUCUGAUGCUGGAAGCUACUUCAACACAGAAGUUUUGGAAGCUGUGGACUAUGGCAUGGCCAAUGUACAUCCUUGGUUUGCAAACGUUACGGUGCAAACUGCCGCUGCAUGGACUGCUGAAUUCUUUGAGGAGACCAACGUUCAACCUGCUGCCCUUCUUUCCAAUAAGCCCACAAUGUACAUCGCUGAAACUGGCUGGCCUUCAUUCUCAUCCGACGCGGGUAACGCCAAUAACGGGGCCUCGGAUGCAUCGGAGGCGAACCUACAGAUCUUCCUCGACACAUUUGUCUGUCAAGCCAACCAGAACGGAACAGGUUACUUCUUUUUCGAGCCUUGGAAGGAUGCCGAAUUUGGUGGUGUUGAGGGCUGGUGGGGUCUAUUCCAUUCCAAUCGGACACUCAAGAGGCUUCAGUUACCUAACUGUGUGUUGAACUGAAAGCAUAAUUCUGUACUAGAAUUAAGACACCAAAACGGACACACGCACAUACUACUCUCUUAAACCUUUCUUUUGUGGACACCAUCAUUCAGCUAUCUGGACCAAUAUGGACUUUUAAGUAAUCCUAUGAUACCUACUAGUUUUGUUGUGAUAAUUUUUCUCUUGCAUAUUCUCUAACUUUGUACGCAGUCUGCUUCCACACAAGAACUUUCCUUCUACCCAAACAUCAAUUAAAUAACCAGCCUAAUUUGACCCUACACCUGUUCCA